GCUGAGCAAAAAUUUAGUUGCAGAGACUAACCAUCGUUCGACCAGCAACAUUGAUUGACGUCUCGACAAUUUUGUUUUGCCGAGCUAACUCAUCAUCAAAGUACAGCACAGUGUUGUGCAAUAGAACGAACUGGGCAUGGAAUGGAGUAAAACACGGAUUGCUACUUCCUAGGCUGUGAGCUGUCAUAGCUGUCUUGUUAUUUGGGAUAGCGGUCUCACAGUGUAACCAGCUGACGUUGUAGUGCGAAGAUCCUUGAAGAUGGACAACAACGUAAAAUAUUGUCAUCUUAAGUCGUUAUAGAGUUCCAUCUUUGUAAGCUCCUUUUUAUCUUAUUUCUAUCACCACAAUCGACAUGGAUCAAGCAAAUGGAUACAAUUUGUUUAAGAACACCAACACGUUUAGCUGUCGUCAAUGAGAAAAGGCUAGCAAGCGUUAUCAUUAACGUUGCUGCAGUCAUCUAUGCAGUCAACCCACGCUAGCUGGAGUGCUAGGUAGCUUGCUAGCUACCUGAUCUGACAUGUAACUUACGGAAGGUAAUGCUAAGUUACGAUUAAUGAAAAGCAUAAUAGCUUUGCUAAAUUAAGACCCGUAUAGGUGAUAUUUAGCUAUAUGAGCUGCGGUUUAUCUUACGCAUCAAAUAUUGCCACGAUCAACGGUGGAUAAGAGGCAAGAUUGCCUGUAGGUUGAGCUGAUUUGGGUGUGGUAACCCCCAGUUCCUCCAAUGAUCCCCAUCAAUUCCAUGAAACCUGGGCUGCCUCCAACACCGCACAGUGACAGCUCCUACCCAUAUGACCCUGCAUCCUGGCAACAACAGAGCAACCAAUCAGCAGGAUCCCUUUCUGUGGUAACCACAGUGUGGGGUGUGAGUAAUCCUACGCCAAAUCAGGUUCUGGGCACUCCUAUUGGACCAGGUGGGAAUCACGUGGGUGGUGCUAUGAUGUCAAGUGGAGGGCCUGGUGUGAACUCAGCUCAGUUCAUGGGACAGCAGGGUUACCCUGAUGCAAAUAAGGGCUACAUGCAGCAGGGCGUCUAUGGGCGAGGAGGCGGAGGAUACCAAUCUGGACCUGGUUAUGGUGGGAGUUACUCUGGAAAUGGAGGAGCCUCUAUGGGCAUGCCUCCCCAUGGAGCUCGAUCUACAGACUUUACACAAGCUGCAGCCGCUGCAGCUGUAGCUGCUGCCGCCGCCACAGCAACAGCCACAGCCACAGCAACUGUUGCUGCCAUACAAGAGAAGCAGAACCAGGAAAUGAAUUAUGGCCAGAUGGGCAGCUCUGGCCCCUACAGUUCCCAGUUCCUUCCACCUUCUGGAUCUAGAUAUCCUCCUGGGAUGGGCCCCUCACGGCCACCCUCCAUGGGUCCUAUGUUUGCUCAGGGGCAGAGGAUGCCCCAUCACCCACCAUAUUCUGUAGUGCAGCAAGGACCUCCACGACUCCCGCAAGGCCUUAAACGGCCCUACAACUCAGAGGGAUAUCCUGGUCCACCAUAUGGUCAAGGGCCAGGACCGGGUCCUUAUCCUGGGCAACCUAUGCAGUACUCUGGUCAGGCUUCCUCCUCUCCCUCCUACCCUGCUGUUCAACAACAAGGCAACAUUGGACAAUACCCACCUGCACCUGGAAAUCCUGGCCAGUACUAUAAAGCAGAGCAGUUCAAUGGACCAGGCAACCCAUCUCUGAACACAUUAGCGGGGAGUGCUGGAGGACCAUACAACACAUUUAAUCAGGUCACAGUCAAUGGGCCUGGUAGAGCAUUACCAAACUACCCCAGCUCACCACUGCCUGGAAACCCAACCCCUCCUAUGACUCCAAGCAGUUCCAUGGCUCCUUACAUGUCUCCCAGCCAUGAUGUCAAAUCCCCCUACUUGUCUGAUGUCAAGCCAAAUGUCACCACUUUGCAGCCUCCUGCACCUCCACCACCUACAGCCAAUCAAGUAGAUGAACUGCGGCUUACAUUCCCUGUGCGUGAUGGUGUGGUGUUAGAACCGUUCCGCCUGGAGCACAAUUUGGCUGUUAGCAACCAUGUCUACCAGCUUCGAGAGACUGUCUUUAAAACACUUAUGAUGAGACCAGAUCUGGAACUGCAGUUCAAAUGUUAUCACCAUGAGGAUCGACAGAUGAACACUAACUGGCCAGCCUCUGUACAGGUGAGCGUUAAUGCUACUCCACUUACCAUUGAACGUGGGGACAACAAGACCUCCCAUAAGCCCCUGUACCUGAAGACCGUGUGUCAGCCUGGACGCAACACAAUCCAGAUCACAGUCUCUGCUUGUUGUUGUUCCCAUCUGUUUGUGCUGCAACUGGUUCACAGACCAUCAGUGCAGUCCGUUCUUCAAGGUCUAAUGAAGAAGAGACUUCUGCCUGCUGAUCACUGUAUCGCUAAGAUUAAGAGGAACUUCACCAGUGGCACGGUGCCAGGCUCUGUGGGGCCCAGUGGAGAGGACGGAGUGGAGCAGACAGCCAUCAGGGUGUCCCUCCAGUGCCCAAUUACAUUCCGCCGCAUUCAACUACCAGCACGUGGUCAUGACUGCAGGCACAUUCAGUGUUUUGAUCUGGAGUCAUACCUGCAGCUGAACUGCGAGAGGGGAACCUGGCGCUGUCCUGUAUGCAAUAAAACUGCAUUGCUGGAAGGAUUGGAAGUUGACCAGUACAUGCUGGGCAUUCUGAUUUACAUCCAAAACUCGGAUUAUGAGGAAAUUACAAUAGAUCCAGUGUGCAACUGGAAGCCAGUUCCAGUCAAGCCUGACAUCCACAUUAAGGAAGAGUCUGAUGGGCCUAUUCUGAAGCGCUGCCGCACCCUUAGCCCUAGUCAUAUGAUCCUGCCCAGUGUCAUGGAGAUGAUCGCUUCCCUUGGGCCUUCUUCAGGACCUGGACCUGCAUCCAGCUCAAGCUCAGGACCUACCCCUUCCUCAUACCCUUCCAUACCAGCUGGAGGCACCGGAGGGGGUCAGGACUACAAUGCUCCAGGAUUCACCAACCAGUCAGGCUUCACAGAAUUCCAGAACUCCCCUGGAACUCCAACCUUGGGAGAGUUUCCCUCUGGACGCCCAUCUAUGACCUACCAGGCUGACCUUCCCAGAGGUGUCACAACAGAAAAGCAAGCAGGAGUUGCUGCAACCUCUCAGGUGGCCCAUUCAGGCAGAAUGGACUCCCACAAUUCAUUGCAGAGGCAGCAACAGCAGCAGAGUGUGCACAACAAUGUUGAGAGUUCAGGAGUGCCUUUGCCUCCACACACCUCCCAAAAUCCACGGCUCAACCCGGAGGGCUCCUUUGGAUUUGUGGGCCCCUCAGGAGCAGAGAUGGCGGAUCCUGCUCUGGAUAAUGUCAAGGGUUUAAUCCAGCCCUUCCAAACCAGCUGUUCAGACCAUCAUAAGUAGGAUGAUCUGAACCAUCGGAAUAAGUUGCUCCCGGAGUUGACCAAUCCAGACGAGUUGCUGUCAUACCUUGGUCCUCCUGAUCUCCCAAACAACAGCAAUGAUGAUUUGCUCUCUCUUUUUGAGAGCAACUGAAAAGGACUUCAUUCACAGUGUUUUAAGAUCUUUUCAAACCGUCCUCCAACCUAAAUGUGGUGUGCGUGUGUGCCUGUGUGCCUGUGUGCGUGUGUGUGUGUGUGUGUGUGUGUGUGUGUGUGUGUGUGUGUGUGUGUGUGUGUGUGUGUGUGUGUGUGUGUUCGCGUGCAUGCGUGCGUGCGCAUGUGCUCACACAUAUUUGGUUAUUUCCUUUGCUUCCUGAAAAGAUACAAUGACUUUAUUCAAACCCCCUGAAAGUCAUCACCAUUUUCUGGUUUACAAAAGAUACUCACUAUUUUCAAAUCAGUAUUUUCAUUUGAACACUUAUGCAGUAUUUCUAAAGACUAAGUAAGUUAUUUUUCUAAAAAACGAAAAUAUUACACUUGUAUAAGUAUUCAAAACGCAUGCGAUGUACUAUCUGAUUAUACCGUCGUUGUAACCAUUGAUAGCGUCUGGUCUGAUUUAUCUGGUCUGGUCUGUCAACUUUCUACCAUUAGCCGGCUAGCCUCUGUAAGCUAGUUCAACGCUAUUGCUUGUGCUAAAGCUGAGACUUUCUAAUGAGGAGACUAAAAAACAAUCCUCUAGUCUAUAGAAAUGCAUGGGGUUAAGUUCAUAAUGUUAAUAUGGCAGUUGUCUACACAUAUCCCACCCCUACCACCGCCAAAAGUCGAUAUGUGAAUACAUUGUAUCCUCAUGUGGUGUGAUCUCGCCGCUGAGUGAGUUUGAUGUCAUGAAGCCUUGCGCACGUGCAGUUCUACCCGAAAUAGAUGCCCUUAAGUGCCCAACGUGAGUUGCAAUAUGGCUGCCGAUUGGAGGGACUUGCCUAAAAGGACUUUAGCUAAAGUCUUACUGUAAUGUCAAAGUUAUCUUAAAAGACUGUCCGAAACCAUCGCUCUUACAAGGUGCCUUCACUCUAAAGUCAUGUCUUGAGACACCUCUCUACCUAAGCAGCGAGGCAGCAAGGCGAUGCCUUCCGUUUGGAACUGACCCUAUAAUAGCAUAACAGAGACACCUUUGCUGCAAUAACAGCUUAAGCUUUUCAGACGGUUGAGACCAAACUAUCUGUUCAUUGUUCUGAAGUGUUACCCUCUUUCUUCUUGGUAGAAUGUCUUUGUUGAAGGAAUGGUUGUCCUAGAGAAGAGUGCUACAGAUUUUCUGUAGGAUUUUGAUGAGGGCUUUGAGCCAUUCUGAAAUAUUCACUUAAGUUUUUUAAGCCACUCCACUGUUGCUUUAGUCUUGGGUCAUUGUCUUACAUCUUCCAAGCGUCACUUUUACAACCUCCUCCACAACUUUAUUUUCUUGGAAAGAUUAGAUAGAGAGACAGCCUUCAGAUACAGUGGUGCUAAUUUGGAAACCAAAAUUCCUUACUUGGAGCUGCACUUAAGACUUUUGAUUACCUUAACAUUUCAUUUGAAUCUCUAGCAAAAACUGAUUGGAACAUCAAGAGAGCCUGUUCCAACUGUGUGACGGGCAGGAAUUUGACCUAAUUUUGGUUUGUUGGAUCUGACUGUGCACCUAAAUCGCAGGGUAUCUGCUUGGAAUUAUACAUUUAGGUUGCAUUGUUCGUUAGUCUUUAUUUCCUCUGUUAUUUACAGUUUGUCUGGUGAACCUUGAACCCUGUCAAAAUCUUCCAACACCUAUAGACCUCUGAAGUUCGCCUACAAAAAAGCUACCAUCUUUGCCCAAAUAAGGAGAUCCGGUAUCUUGAGAUUUUUUUCUAUGGGGAAAUAACAUGGGGAUUUUAAAUAACCGCACCUGUUAAACUCUGGCUGGGACGAUGACAUUGGAAAUGCAGACGUUUUUCGCUACACAGUUUUGUCCACUGCCGACUAGUGGAUACUGUGAUCUUCAGUAGGUGAAGACGGCACACUUUGAUCUUUGCUACCCCAGAGCUAACUUACAAUGCAACUUGCCAUAGGCAGUUAGCUUCAGUUAACUCCCGGAUCUCCUUAUAUGGGCAAAGAUGGCAGCUUUGGAUCCUUUUUGUAAGCGAACUUCAGAGGUCUAUUCUACCAUAAUUUUCCUGGUGAGAAGGCAUUAACUCCUCCGUUUCAACCUCAGAGCCACAUUGUGAUCAAAGUCGCAGUGUGAUCGAGUUGUGGCAUGACGCAAAUUUAACUUCAAGUUCAACUUCGACCCCAUUUACCACUGACUUUUCAGUGUUUCACCAAUGACGCAUGGGCAGCGUGAAAUCUAAAGGUCCCCAUUAUAAAAAUGCAUUUGGAGUUUCUCAGAGCUGUAUCAGCUAAAUAAAAGCUUACCAUACAAUAUAAACAAAAAAAACUCUUGGAGAGAGAAAAUGGCGGGAUGGGACUUCCAGGUAGCCUAGUUAAUUUAAUGCAGGCUAUUUAAAUGCACAUGUAUUUAAGCUCAAAUACAUUGCCGGGUUGAAUAUCAAGGUUUUGCCUUAAAUAAAUGCCCGCCGUGCUGAAUGAAACAACGCUUCUGGGAAUGCAUAUAGACAUAUUUCAGAGAGAGCGUCGCAUCAGGCCCAAGGUUAACAUUGCUCUGAUCCCCCAACAUUGUCUAUACUGUAGGUGCGUACUCACAACUAGAGCGAUUUGUAUAUCCAAGGAGGAGGAAGGUUAAAGGACAUACUUACUAAUCCACUCACAGAUACCUAAUAAUGAUUAUUUGCAAAUAAUUUGUCAUCUUCUUUAAACUGGAACUCAAAAGCACAGAUGUUUUAAUACUUACACAAGGGAGUCUGGUUUUAAUUUAUAUAGGCUAUAAUGUUAUCACACAAAUGAAAUACACUGCUUUUGGUGUAAAUGUGUAAAUGUUCACAAUAAAAAUACUGAUUGGGAAAAUAUGUGUAAGUAUCCUUUGUUAUUGUGAAAAUGGUGGUGACUUUAAGUGGGAUUGAAUACUUUUGCAAGCCAUUGCAGAAUCUAAGAAUGUAAUGAAAACUGAUCAAGAUAUAAACCAUGUUAAAUUCACUGGCAAAGUGGGAAAGCAAAAAUAUAAAAAUAUUUUUUUUUGACACAGUGGCCUAUAUCUGUGUCGCUGUGUCUACUAUGAACUCUGAUAAUAUUUUAAUGUUUUAUAUCUGUCAACAACUGCCUCUUGUAGCUUAAUUUUUACUCACAGCUUUAGUUGACAAACUGAGGUUUUGCUCUCCUGUCUGUGUGUGAGUGUGGAGAGCUCAUUUCUCACAUGUAUUGUAAAUUUAAAUCAGUGCAGUUGUAAAUUGCACAAGUGCAAUGUGUAUGGUGGAUAUGCCCAAAUACCUAUUUGUGGGUAGUGGUGAAGUCCACCUUGAACCAAGAAAAAUAUUCUUUUUAAUUUAAUAAAUGGUAAACAG